AUGUUUCAGCCCAGAACACAAGACAUUUCCCAUUAUUUUUCAAUCUGGAUCGUGCUGGGUUCUUUCCUGGCUCCAAGUCUCUGCAUGCUGUAUCGACCGGAGAUGAAGCGCUAAGAGUGGAAGCACAAGAUGAUUCCAAAACGAUGGAGGAGGUCAUGGAAGUUUUGCGCAACAUGUAUGGACCCAGCAUACCAAAUGCCACAGAUACUAAUAUAACUGAUUCUUUAGAGGAACAGUUCUAUCAUUUUCUCAUUUUAUCGGUAUACACAUUUGUAUAGUUACUAUGAUUUAUUUAUGGUCGCUCGUCUGGUUUAUUUUUUCCAUUCCCAUGUUUAAGCGUUCGAUUGGUUGAUAUUGAUCAGUGGAUCGACAGAUCGACUUCCGAUUGGCUGACUGGCCGAGCUUGCCAUGACUGACUGACAGAAAAAUUUUGGUCUCGUUCAGUAAUUGCCCACAGCCACUGACUAAUCAUGAAUGACUGCGAGCAAUCUGACCAUAUCUCCUCAACAUAUAAAUGUUCAAGGAGGGGGGGGGGGGGGGGGGGGCUUUUCUGUAUAGUGUUCCCCACCCGGUAGGUUUUUUAAAAAAUUUACUAUUUUUUUUCCCCUCUCCUUCUUUUUCAUUUUAGGGCUCAGUGUUUCCAAAAUGGUGUAUAACCGGCNCCGAUACGUUUCUUUAAAAAUUUACUAGUUACUUACGUCCUUCUCUCAUGUCCAUUCCAGGGCUCAGUGUUAAUCAAAUGGUGGAUAACGCGACUUGUUCUAUUAUCGAUCCACUGCAGAGUGAUUUACCCGGUGGAUCGAGCUAUACAGCAUUUGAACAACAGGUUGGCUUAAUCCAGGCCAGGUCUUAACCUAUCAUUGUGUCUAAGCCUUACUAGAUUUCUUUGAGUCAAAUUAAAUGGCGUCAACUUUAAAACUGUAUUCAUACUUUUGUUUUUUUUGUUUCUUCUAUAAGAUAUUGUGGUUAGCAAGUGGUCGCAAAACCCAUGCGUCUUGGGUUGUUGGACAAACCCAGUCAUUGGCACAGAUUCCUCCGUGCUUGCCAACAUGGCCGGCCGAUUGAAAAACUUGUUCUUCGCUGGUGAGGCUACCCAUGCUGAUUGGUAUGGCUUCAUACAGGGCGGUUACUAUAGUGGACUGGAGCGGGCAAAUGACAUUGCUGGUUGUAUUCAAGGCGGGAAGUGCCAACCUUAUGAGCCCUCCAAAGGCCUACUAGUAAUUGUUAAAACACAGGACUGCAAGCCAAAGAGCGAAGCGCCCCAGAUCGCAGUGCUAAAUGUUAUCAGUUUGUUCAUUGGGCUCCCCUUUACUUGGCUGUUUUCAUUAAUCUGUAUUAACGUGACACUUUAA